AUGAGCCAGCUUUGUUUAGGCCAGGACAAAAGACACACUACUCAGCUGCUAGCUCUCUUCAGUCCGUGGACACUGCCGCAGUGUGCUCAGAGGCCCUCGCUGCCGCUGUUGCAGAUCACCAAAGUGGACCGCGGGCUGCGGCGUCUGUCGCGGCUGCAGCUGCUGUCGCUGGCCGGCAACUGGCUGCACCGGCUCCCAGGGCGGCGGCUGCCCAGCGCGCUGCGCUCCCUCGAGCUGUUCGCCAACCGCCUGCAGGACCUCAGCUCGCUAGCAGAGGACCCGCCCUCCUGGCUGCUGCACCUCGGGCUCGCGCGCAACCAGCUCUCCGACAACAGCAACCUCCAUCUGUUGGGCGACUGCUUCAAACAACUGCGCACGCUCGACCUGGGCGACAACGACAUCUGUGUCCUGGAAGACGUACUAACUACGCUUCGGGACCUGAAACAUCUCCGCAGCCUACGUCUAGAGGGAAACCCAUGCUCUAUGUGCGAGGUGUACCGUGAGGCCGUGGUCCUGAACGCGCCCAGCCUGCACUUCCUGGACGACAUCGAGCUCUGGAACAUGGACCGAUACGUGCCCGACGACCUGGACAUGCGGCCCCACCUGUCGAAGGGCGUGCUGCUCUUCUUCUGCUACCGGCUGAUAGGGCUGCCGCAGCCGCGCCCUAUGGUGGUGUCUGGCAAGAAGGUGAUCCAGACAUUUCACGUGGAGGUGGAGCUCCCUCUGAUGGAUCCGGCGCUGUGGCAGGAUGUUCCCACUCCGCCCCCAACACCGCCUCCCGAGCGGCCACCAUCACCGCCUCCGGCCGAAGGCAAAAAGGGCGAUGCAGGUGCCAAAGGCUCUAAGAAGGACAGCAAAGGAAAGAAGUCGGCGGCGCAGUCUGACGACGAGGCGGCGGCGGAGACGGAGCCACCUCCACCAGACCCGCUGGACGGCGUGGAGGAGGAGCCGGUAGUAUGCAGCAGCUCGUGGUUCCGCACGCCCGACCUGCCCUGGGCGAAGCUGCUGGCCUACCCGGAGCCCCUGGAGCUGCCGGCGCCGGCAGAGGACCUCUCCACCUUGCGGGACACCUUCCGCUCACAAGUGCGGGUCAAGGUCGUCCUCCAGCAGUCUUUGCCGCCUGAGAAACCAAAGAAGGCAAAACCGGGGAAGAAGGAGGCUCCAGAAGAACCGGCGGAGGAGCCCCGCGAGACGGUGGUGGGCCGCGCGGUGGUGGCGCAGUUCCGGCUGCGGAUGCGCCCGCCACGCUGGGACGAGCGCACCGUCGACUUCGAGUGGUCGCUGGAGGAGGGCGGCGGCAGGCCCGCGUACGCCCAGCCCGCCACCGAGCCCCUCAUGGAUAUCGUUUAUCGAGACAAAAAGGAAAAGUCCAAAACGGGCGGCCGGGGCGCGGACGCUGGGUCGGUGUGUGAGCCGCGGCCGGUGCCGGAGCGGCUGACGUGCCACGUGGGGCUGGGCGUGGCGCGGCUGCUGCCCGCGCGGCCGCACGUGCCCGCCUACGAGGCGGGGGCGCUCGGCUGCCACGACACGUGGAGCACCGAGUAGCCGCCCGCUCUCCUUCUGCAGGGCGCGGCCACAUUAAUGCCUCAACAUACAAAUUAGAAGCCUACCCCCAAAACUGUAAAACGCGCCUGUAAGGCUUCUAUAUUACUCAAAAUAAAUUCGAUUUUAUAUUU